AGUAAGAAGAUCAUUUAUUACCCGGAGAAGUAGGUACCAACAUUGCUCGCCUUUUGUCCAUCUCCAACUAUCUGUGGAUUCUUUGAUGCUCGUAUCCCGAAUUCAUGUCUCGUGGAAACCGAUGGGCGCGGAGUCUGAUUCUUCUGGUCAUUUUGCCGCAUUUGUGCAUCGAAAUCUACUGUUCGAAGCCGGACCCUUUCGCAGCUAAGAAGAAGCGGAUGAGUGAGAAAGUUCGUCAAAUGUUCUAUCAUGGCUACGACAACUACAUGAUGCAUGCAUUCCCUCAUGAUGAAUUAAAGCCUUUGACAAAAACAUUCACAAAUUCUUUAAGUGAGCUUGGAAAUUUGAAGCUUGAACAUCUGUCAGAAAAGUAUAAUGGAUCAGCUCUUACCCUUAUCGAGUCGCUGUCCAGCCUAGCAAUCUUGGGAAAUCAUACUGAAUUUGAAAAGGGGGUUCUUUGGCUAUCUGAAAAUCUAACAUUUGAUGUUGAUGCAAGGGUGAAUCUUUUUGAGUGCAACAUAAGAGUACUAGGAGGGCUUGUUUCUGCUCAUAUUCUUGCGACUGAUUCUACAAACAGGUUAACUAAAGGAACAUACAAAAGUCAGCUUCUUAACCUUGCUACGGAGUUGGGAGAGAGGUUUUUACCUGCUUUCAAUACCCCCACUGGACUGCCUUAUGCGUGGAUAAACUUGAAGUAUGGUGUGAUGGAGAACGAAACAACUGAGACAAGUACUUCUGGUUGCGGUUCUCUUAUUCUUGAAAUGGGAGCACUGUCACGUUUGACUGGUGAUCCUAGAUUUGAGUUUGCUGCUUUGCGUGCUCUUCGCAAGCUAUGGAGUAUGAGGAGCUCUCUAAAUCUUUUGGGAACAAUACUUGAUGUAGAAACUGGGGAGUGGAUUGAGUACUCUUCUGGAAUUGGGGCUGGAGUUGAUUCAUUUUAUGAAUAUGUACUAAAAGCGCACCUUUUGUUUGGAAGAGAAGAAAUGUGGAGGAUGUUUCAAUUGGCUUAUAUUGCCGUCCAGAAAUACUUUAGAUACGGCACUUGGUAUCAUGAUUCUGACAUGAGAACAGGAAGAGCAACAUACUGGCAGCUUACGAGCCUACAAGCAUUCUGGCCAGGUCUUCAGGUUCUUGUCGGGGAUGUGACUGCAGCUAACUCAUCGCAUCGGGAAUUUUACCAUGUAUGGCAGAAAUUUGGACUUCUACCAGAAAGGUACCUCCUGGAUCAUCAAAUGGUGCAUCCUACGGAGCGAUACUAUCCAUUGCGCCCAGAGUUAUCAGAAUCAACAUUUUAUUUAUAUCAAGCAACCAAAGAUCCAUGGUAUCUAGAAGUGGGUGAAGCUAUUGUGGAUUCACUUAAUUUGCACACUAGAGUUGAAGGUGGCUUUGCUAGCGUCAGAGAUGUCACAACUAUGGAGUUGGAGGAUCAUCAGCAUAGUUUCUUCCUCUCUGAGACUUGCAAAUACUUGUUUCUUCUCUACGAUGAUUCAUUUUUGGUCAAUAAGAAUUAUGUAUUCACAACAGAAGGCCACCCACUGCCCAUCUUACAUUCUUGGCACGAGAGACUUCCUGAAGCUUAUAUUCCCAGUAAUUGGACUUCCAUCAAGGGCGAAGAACCUAAACGAGCUAGUGCAAUGUCCAUGCAAAUAUGUCCAGCAUCUAUGCACAACUGCAUUCACGGGAAUGUGCAGCUGGAGAGUGUUUGCCAUAUCCCGGAUGCUCGUGAUGACCACAGAUGUUUGAGCGAUGAAGACUGUGGUGUUGAUUCAACUUCUUGCAGGCGGAGAUUGUGUAGCAUGGCUGGGUACUGCGGUCAGUGGCGGUAUCAUUAGCAGGGAUGUUUGUGGAGGAAUAGGUGUAAUUUAUUCUUGCUGAAAAUUCAUUUUUGUUGCAGGAAAUAAUGACAUGCCCAUCAACCAAAAUUUCAUAGUCAGACAAUCUCACAUUCUGUUGUAUAUUAUUUAUUCAUUCAGGACAAAUUUCUGGAUGAGUAAAGGCAAAAAGAUUAUUCUAAAGACACAGGUUCUAGUCUUUGUGUUAGAUCAUGUUUCAGGUUGUGCUUUUGCUAGUU